AUGAAUUUGGCUGUGCAACAGAUAACCUUGUAUAUGGUUUGCAUUCCGGUAAUAUUUGUUUUAUGUGCUCUGGCAGCCUUCUGUAACAUAUUAGUACUGCUAGCUCGGCUACAGAUCAAGAAACGCAGCGGAAUACUGGAACUUACUUUUUCUCUUGCCGCUUCAGACACCUGGACAUCUGUCGUUGUAGUGGCUUCACUUUUUCGCAAUUCAUACAUGCCGGUGGUACUGGGUAUAAACUAUCCAUCAAUAUGCUUUCCUCUUACUUUGGAGGUAUUUCGUACAGGUGGAUUGUUGACAGGACUUCUUCACCUCUCAACAUUAGCCGUUUAUCAUUUGGUAGCCAUAACAUAUCCUUUCAAUCAUCGGAAACUGUUAAGUCGACAGAGAACAUAUUUAAUUAUAAUUCUGAUGUGGUCCAUACCACCGACUGCUUUGCUAAUUUACUUUUCUGCAUGGCCUAACCAGGGAUAUCAGACAAAAAAUUGUCUAAUAGUAGAAUUUUACAACAAACUUUACUUCCGCAUGAUUAUUUCAAUUUCAAUCAUCGCUCUUAUUUUUGUAACCGGAAUUAUGUAUUGGAAACUACUGAGAAAACUUCAGGAAACCUGUGUAAAAAACGCGAGAACAUCACGUAAACGUCGUACAAUAAUUACGUCAGGUCUCAUUUUUGGUACAUUUUUGAUAGGUUGGUUUCCUGCAUCAUUACUUUAUGUACUAACAGCGCAGGGUAUGCCAUUACAUCAAGUUCAAAGUAUUUGGGUCAAUGUAUUUGCACUAAUGACACUGAUGCUCAUUAUGGCUAAAUCCAUUACCAAUCCAAUAAUCUACGCAGUCAGGUUAAUAUUUCCAUUGCUAAAGCGAACAUUAUCAAUAAAAAUUAUAAAUUAA